AUGCCCGAGCAAAAUGUAUGCCAUAAUACAACCCUUUUACACGUGAUCAGGGAGCUGCUCAACAUCGAAGGUUUGCUUUCUUCUUCCACCGUCUCACCACAGUAUCGUAUUAUGUCUACUGUUCUUCUGCCCCAACUCCCAGGCGAUGCGCCACAAGACCCUCGACCUCCUAAACGUAGAAAAAUACAGACUUCCAAAACCGACAACGUAACACCACCUUCUUCAAGACCACCUGUUAAGGACACACCUUUUCGCCAGAGCUCUUGUCACCCAGGUCAUAUACCCGUCCAGCUUCAAAACUCAUGUCAAAGCCGGCCUAUGCAGGCUACACUUGCUUCGCAGACUGCAGUCGAUACAAUAGAUGCUGCGGCCUCAGUUAGCAGGCCUGGAAGAAAGGCCGAAGAGAUGCAAGAAAUCCUCCGCGAAGAGAUCAACGGCGCAGUGUUCCAGUACCCAUCAUUAUGCGAGGACCUUCCCAUUGACCAGGCCCAUCUGACGGCGACGAUGGAGCGAUUGGCUGAGUCACCAGUGCUGCGACGCGACGGGCACUGGUCGAUCGAUUGCACCAACUUCGAAUCUGCGGAAAACCACUUGAUGCAUCAGGCUUGGGCCGACUUGCUGGAUGUCAUCAUGCGUGCUGCCUUCAGGGGCAGCCGAUUUCGUACUGGACCUCAGCCAAUAGUCGCACUGCGGGAAACACGCGUUCUUUAUGACCAUGACGACGACACAGACACCUCUCCGGAUAUUGUACAAGGACACACGAACACUGAUGGGCGCUAUCACUGGGGCACCCUGGAGUUCUUUGCGGAGUGCAAGGCCAAGCCAGACCAGCUCGGAGAAGCGCUUAUGCAGAUCGCUCGCUACUCCAGAGCCAUGUUCACCCAUCAGGUAUACCGACGGUUCAUAUACUCACUCGCUCUAUGCGGAACCAAGGCGACGUUUGUGCGCGUGGGCCGGAGCGGGAUCAUUCACUCGACGCCUAUCGAUGUCAAAGUUGAUCCCGAGCAGUUCAUACGGGGUGUUGCGAGUGUGUUCGGGCUCGACGACGGUCAGUUCGGGUACGAUACACGUUUCUACUACUGGCCUCCACUUGCGGCCGAGGACGACGGUCGGAAGAGACAGCUGCGGGUCAAGACGGGUAACUGGCGCUGGAUAGUGAUGGAACUGAUGUGUCACCGGAUGUGCUUGGUGGGCAGGGCUACGGUGGUCAUGCUGCUAUGCAGAGUGGGUAACCCGAAACACCGUGCUGUGCUGAAGUCGAUAUGGCGGCAUGAGUCUAGACCUGACGAGGGAGACACGCUACGGAAGCUGGAAGGAAGACCGGGGAUAUGCAGGUGCCACUGGAACGAGUACUUGAACGACACGAAGAUCAAGGAUCGAAGCUUGCUGGCCCCAUCCCGUUACCAGUAUUUGUUCAUGAACAUGUCUGAGAAACACAAACAACAGAUGCUGGAAGCUAGCACUUCUAUGGACUCUAAGAACGCGCGCAGCAUCAAGGGCCAGAAGUCGUACAAGAAGGCGCAGCUGAAGCUACUGGAAGUGCCCGAGGAUCGAGUGCAUAGCUUGAUACUGAUGGACGAGGGAGCCCGGCUGUGGAGGAUCAAGCGGUUUCGGCAUCUGAUGGUAGUGCUGCGUGAUGCACUUGUUGGAUAUGCAUCGAUGGCCAUGUCCGACCAGGUCCAUCGUGAUAUCAGCGAGGGGAACAUACUAUGCCAAGCUCCUGGCUCUAAAGACUGGUGGGAAGGCGGUAUGCCUGCCAGCGUGGAUCACGACGGGAGCGAUAUCGUCGACGGGAUUCCGAGUGAUGCGUUUGUCUCGUAUGACUUCGACGAAGUUACUCUGGAGGAUGAGAGUGAGAUCAAAGAAGCAAGUACGCUGAAAGAAUAUGUCGAAGGGCGAUACCCAAGCGGGAAGUCAAUUGGUCGCUUGUAUGAUAUGGAGUUCUCGGUCGCUGAAGACAGGCCGGAGACCGAUGUGCGAACCAAUGCAGAAAGGACGGGCACAGUUGCGUUUAUGUCUUCCCAGCUUCUGUCGAGAGAGCCAGCCCGACACACGUUCAUGCAUGACCUUGAGUCUUUCCUGUGGGUGCUAGUAUGGUUAGUUGCUGUGCGUGCACGGGAGUACAAUCAGUACAACGCAAAUUUACUACGUGAAGAGCUGUGCUCGCCGAAACACAGCUUCAAGCAAUUAUUUAUCGUCGACAUGAAAACAUGCCGCUCGCAAAUGGCGACAGUACUCGAUCCGGCGGACAUGGAAUGGAUGUAUGCAUGGGCAGUCAUACGCCGUUUCGCUCAAUUCCUUCAUCGAAACUUGUAUGGACAAGAAGAUGCUACACCCUAUGAAGAUGUCAUAAAACCGCAAUUGGAGCCCUUGUUUACGACAACUAAAGUUAGCUGCGAGGAGAAAUGGGGUCUAAUUAGGACCCUGAUCGGGAUCUUUGACGAGACGAUCGCCAAGUUACAGUCUUCCUCUCAUUGA